AGACUAUAAAACUUGUGUAUCAACAGGUUUUUCUAGAUCUACUUCAAGCUUUUAUCAUUCAGCUCUGUGGGCCCAUUGCGUUACUCGUAAUGUUUAUUUUUUAUCUACCUUGAUUGAUGAAGACGCGGUACACAUUCUGCUAGAAAUUCUAUUUCAUUCUGUUGUGUUGGCUUUUAAAGUAUUAGAUAUAAACGACAAAGAAAUUGAGGUCACUUGAAAACGAGCAAAAUAUAACGAUGGCGUUCUGUCUUCGUCAUUUCGAGAUGUUCCUUGUCUUAACGCUGAUGUCGCUAGUUGUUCAACAGACGACAGCGACCGGUCAGAGCGAGGUCUGGUUCAUCAGCUACAGCGCCAGCUGUCGGGAGGACAUCAACAACAACCCAUGUGACCCCAAGUUCACUUUCUGCUUGGGCAGACCCGGAACACCCUCUCUGAGUCCCUCUGCUUGUGUGUACGGACUGACCGGCCAGGGUGGACAUUACCAGGACCAAAACUACAUCAACUUCGAGAACCAGGGAAGCAUUCGUGGUCUCAGCAACCCUUGGAUCUUGUCCACUCCCAAGUUCUAUGACACGUCUGUGAUGCUGGUUGUGAAGAUUGUUGAUGACGACACGUUCUGGGACGAUGACCUUCAAACCCUGAGCCAGACCGUGUGGCCCACAGUGGCGGCGACCAAAGAGUUGGCCCAGUGGAGCUCGCAGACGAUGAGUAGCGGCGGCUACACGAUACAGUUCAGAAUCCGUCUGUACUGUGACACAUACUACUACACCAGGUCUUGUGACGUGUACUGCAAGGCUCAAGACACAUCAACUGGCCACUACACGUGCCAGGAUGGCACAGGGAAAAAGAUGUGUUUGCCAGGCUGGACGGGAGCUAACUGCAAUGAGGACAUUGAUGAGUGCCAGCAGGGGUUCUGUAAGAGGGGGGUUUGUACCAACCUACCUGGUGACGUCAGGUGCGACUGUCCAGAACAUUACACAGGAAAAGACUGUUCAAUAUUAAUGAACCCGUGCCUGUCAACUUCCUGCCUGAAUGGAGGAACCUGCUACGCCCACCCCACAGAGUACACCUACCUGUGCAGGUGUCCUGCAGGGUGGGAGGGAGAUCACUGUGAGACUCGGAAAAACCCCUGCAACAGUCAGCCAUGUUUGAAUGGCGGACUUUGUAACAGCGACCCAACAAGAAUUACCUUCACCUGUACCUGCCUGGAGUCCUACACUGGAAUGUUGUGUGAAAAUGUUAUAAUUACAACCACACCUCUGAAAACCACACCUUUGACAACCUCCACAACCACACCUCUGAGUUCCUCUACAACCACACCUCAAGAGACAACCACCACAGUGACCACUACACCAGACACCACUACACCAGACACCACUACACCAGAAGAUAUUUUUGAAGAGACCACUAUGCCAGAGACCACUACCCUAGAGACCACUACAAACUUGCCUACCAUAGUUAGCACAACACAUAUGGAUAGCACUUCAGUAGGCUCACUAUCAGAACAACAUUACUCAACGAAGCAAUCUGAGUUUUCUGUGUGGGUCAUUGCCCUGAUAGUCAUUGGUGGUCUCAUAGCUAUCCUGCUCGUGGUGCUACUCCUCUGUUUCAUCAGGAGGAGGUCCAAGCAAAGACAAAAUGACACAUUAACUGAAGUUCCACCCCCUGUACCACCCUUGUCUUUACUGAGUCCAUUUCAUGUUAAAGCUGGCGUCUAUACUCACACAUUUGACGAGACUAAACCACCAAAACUCCCCUCUAGGAUAACAAGCAGUACCCCCACACUACAAGUGCCAAGUCUGCAAGCCAAACCUGUGAGAGCUGAAGCUAACCAUUACACUACACUAAAUGACAUUGCCAGCCAAAACAGAUAUAAUGAAGAAAAAAUAUAUGAAGAAAUCGACAAAAGCAAAGAUGAUUCCUCUACAAUCUCUAAAUGUUCAAGUUUUUCCUCAUUAUCUGAGGAUGAUCUGCCCCAUGACCCAACAGAUCCCAAACAUGUCAGACUGAGCACUUUUGAUGACACAGAUAUCUAAACCCAUCGGAUUUGUUCUCCAUGUUUUUUUUAUUCUGGAAUUUAAUCAGCUAAUCAAUAGGAAUAAUUAUUAUAUAGAAAUAGAGACGAAAUUUUUCAGGAGGUUCAAAAAUCAAUUGACUUGAUUUAGAAACUUCUACAAAAACACUAAAUUUAGCCACCUUACGAUCUCAAAGAAAACAUUCAUUUUAUUGUUUUUCUAAACUUAAUUUAAAGUUUUAAAUUUAUUGUUUGGCCACAUUUUCUCAAAGAAAACAUUCCUUUUAAUCUUUAGUCUAAACCUCAGAUUUAAAUUUAUUGUUGUUGUUUAUAAUACACUGAUGUGAGAUAACUUACAUUAUUUUAUGCCUUAUUAUAAAUCAGGUUGAAAUAGCUGACUCAGAAUUUAUUUUUCAAACUUUACAAAAACCAUUUAUUUAUAAUCCUAAUAUAUAAAAGGCUGUGUGCGCUCUUCUCUCUCUCUCUCUCUGUCUGUCCGCAAAAUAUUUUCGCCGGACAUCACGUCAGAAACGGCAGCGAUAUAUGGAGAACUUUAUACGGACUUUUGUUGAAAAUAAUAUGUUAGAUGUUUUAAAUGUAUAACCACAAUUUUAUUUAAAGAAGAAAAAUAAAAAAUAAAGGCGUAUUCGAAUGUAGAGAAACAGUAUUAUUUAUGCAACCGGAAAAGCAUUAAUGGAUGUGAAAAAGAACGCAUGAAACUGUGACGUCACUAUUGCUUACUAAUGACGUCAUCUGCCGUGUUAAGAAUAAAAAAGAAAUGAACUAUUUCAUUCAAAUUUGAUUUAGAUCUACGUACACUAUGAAAUGUAUACAAUACAAUUUUUCCGGCCUAAACUCAUAACAUUUAUUUAUACAAAAUCUUUGUUUGGAACUGGCUAAUUUGGGAUAAAAAAAAUUAAUUUGAAAGAAUAGGCAUAUUCGCGUAAGUUAAGAUUUUAAAAUACGUCUUUCAUUCUCUGUAUUUUAUAAGGUGCCUAAAUAGCGGAGAUGUUAGUGUACUAUAAACUACGCAGGUGGUGCGGGUUCGAGACCCACCAAGUCAACUUGGUUAAUGUAUUUUUUUUUAUUUUGCUCGGACUAAACUUAAAAAAAAAAUUCAAUUAGGAUUCUAGAUCUAGAUCUAGAUUGUCGGGUGUCCGAUAAGGCACUUCCCGGCGCCGCAGGCGCUUCAAAUUUGGCAGGAUCUUGCCUUGGGGCGACAGAGCACGGGGGCCGGUUGGCCGAAAAGUCUACGAUGAAGGGGUCAAAACUGACCUCGACUGACCGGUACCUUAUAUGAGCUAUAAAUCGAAAAAAAAUGUCCACGGAGGAACCUCUUCAAAACUCUUGAGGUCGUAGACCGACCCUCGGGCGAAUUAAUUAAGCAUUCAAAUUCUCAAUGUUUUCGAAAGCCUAAGCAAAGCUGGGCAGCAUGCCUAGUGUUAUCUAAUGAACGUCCUUAGCUAUUUAAGAAUGUGUGUAGUAUUAAAGUGAUCAGGUGAUAUUGUUCUUAUAAAAUAUGUAGUAAGAAAUAUUUAAAAUUAAGUUU